AUGGACUGCCUUAUCAAGACGGACUGCCUUACCAAGACGGACUGCCUUACCAAGACGGCCUGCCUUACCAAGACGGACUGCCUUAGCAAGACGGACUGCCUUACCAAGACGGACUGCCUUACCAAGAGGGACUGCCUUAUCAAGAGGGACUGCCUUACCAAGACGCACUGCCUUACCAAGACGGACUGCCUUACCAAGACGGACUUCCCUACCAAGACGGACUGCCUUACCAAGACGGACUGCCUUACCAAGAUGGACUGCCUUACCAAGACUGACU